AUGCUUUUGGUUAUCUCUUUGGUGCUGGUUUUUAUGAUUGUUACAUCAAUAUUGGAACCUGAUGUAGCCAAGGAUAGCGGUCUAUACAAUCAAAUGUUGAAUGGUCAUCAUUAUUUUAUACUUAGCUUUUGGUCAGACGAAGAUCAUGGUGUAUUGAUCUUUGUUUGUUUACUGGCAAUGGACUUGGUCGAGGAUGAUCAGUCUCUAGAAUCGUUUAUGAAUCUAGUGACUGAAUUUUGUGCUCAAGUAGGUGGAGGGCAAAAUGCAACACGUAGGAAAUUCAGUUAUUGUCUGUUGAUCGUGUUGUUUCAUGCUGGAGUCCUUUGGAGCGCUAUACCCAACUGUUAUGAUGAUAUUGGGUUUACAGGUGGUACAAAACAUUCGAUGAUUCUCGUCUAUACAAUAAAGGUGAUGCAAACAUUCGAUGGUGCAGCCAAGAUUAUCGUCUAUAUAAUAAUGGUGAUACAAGCAUCCAAUGAUAUAGCCAAGGUUGCAAACUAUACAAUCAAGCCAAGAUCGACUCCCUUCUUCGCCGGAAUGACUCUGUUAGACUGCCAAUUGAAUCCUGGUCGUACUGGUGAACGUUAUCCUUGUAGUAUAGUUAUGUAG